GGUUCCCGUGUACGCGUUUGGGGAGAACGACGUCUACCGAAUUCCCCGCAUUGCGGGCUCUGCGUGGUGGAGGCGCGUCGGGGAGAAGUUUCGCAAAGUCACGACCUUUGGUCUUCCCCUGUUCCUUGGUCGUGGCUGGUUCAACUACAGCUUUGGCAUCCUGCCGCACCGCCGCCCCAUCACUGUGGUGGUUGGGGAACCCUUGCCAGUGCCGAAGAUCCCCCAGCCCACAUCAGAGGACCUGCAGGAUUGGCACGACAAGUAUGUCACGGCCCUCAAGCGGCUCUUCGACGAGUACCGCGCUGUGUACGACGUGGAGUCCAGUGGUCUGCGUAUUCAUUAG